CACAACUAGGACGCCCAAUCACUUAGAUGGAGGUGUUCGAGAAGGUCUACAAAAAGAAGGAGGACCGCCAGUGGAGCGGUCCGAGGGUAGAGGAGGUUGCGGAGAUGUUCUUGAGGUUGAUGGAGGAACGCCAGAGACAACAAAAUCAUAAUGAAGAGCUUCCAUUGUCCUCUGAAGGCUCUGUGGCCCCAAACGAACAACAGGUCUGGAUGUCAGCAACGGGUGGCUGGAAGAGGGGCCGAGUAUUUGGUCUCGGCAUCGAGGCCCACCACUCGAUUAUUGGACCAUCCCAGGUGACCCAGUUGAUUGCUCCCUCGUGCUCACCACCACAGCCUCAGCAUCCCGACAUAGAUGAGCGAGUGUUGGCACUCGAGCACUACAUCGAAAGCAUCGAUCCCAAAUAGCCCAAUUAUCUAGCGCUCGAGCCUCCAGCUGAU